AUGGCGUCGUCACCCGAGUCUCCCACUAUUUUAAAACACCCAUCCAGUGACACUCCUUUCCUCUUCACUAAACUCCAAUUCCAUUUCUCCUUCUUCCACGUGAUAUCUACAGUUUCUUCUUUCUCUCGAAAAUCUGCAUCUAUGGCUCCAUCAACGAAGACGGUUUUGAUCCCUAUUGCGCAUGGAACGGAGCCUCUAGAAGCGGUGGCGAUGAUCACCGUGCUGCGUCGAGGUGGUGCUGACGUGACGGUGGCGUCCGUCGAGACUCAAGUUGGCGUUGAUGCCUGCCACGGCAUCAAGAUGGUCGCCGAUACUCUCCUCUCCGAUAUCACCGACUCUGUUUUCGACCUUAUUGUGCUCCCCGGAGGGCUUCCCGGCGGCGAGACGCUUAAAAACUGUAAACCUCUAGAGAAUAUGGUAAAGAAACAAGACACAGAUGGAAGACUUAACGCAGCUAUCUGUUGUGCUCCUGCGUUGGCUCUUGGUUCUUGGGGUCUACUAGAGGGCAAAACAGCAACGGGUUACCCGGUUUUCAUGGAGAAACUUGCGGCUACUUGCGCCACUGCUACUGAGUCAAGAGUGGUGAUUGAUGGAAGGAUUGUGACCAGCCGAGGACCAGGAACCACCAUCGAAUUCUCCCUCACGCUUGUGGAGCAGUUGUAUGGCAAAGAGAAAGCUGAUGAAGUCUCUAGUAUCUUGCUGGUUCGUCCUAACCCUGGUGAGGAGUAUACUUUCACCGAGCUCAACCAAACGAACUGGUCAUUUGAAGAUACCCCAAAGAUUCUCGUUCCCAUUGCGGAGGAGUCGGAGGAAGUUGAAGCUAUUGCGCUUGUAGAUAUCCUGAGGAGGGCAAAAGCAAAUGUGGUGAUUGCUGCAGUUGGUAACAGUUUGGAAGUUGUGGGAUCUAAACAAGUUAAGCUAGUUGCAGAGGUGCUUCUCGAUGAGGUUGCUGACAAGUCCUUCGAUCUUAUUGUGUUGCCUGGCGGUACUCUUGGAGGUGCUAAAAACUUCGCAAGCUGCGAGAAGCUGGUGAACAUGUUGAAGAAACAAGCGGAAGCAGACAAGCCAUAUGGAGGAAUCUGCGCAGCAUCUGCUUACGUCUUCGAGCCUAAUGGUUUACUCAAGGGCAAGAAAUCAACUACACACCCAAAGGUGAGCGACCAACUCGCGGACCAGAGUCACAUUGAGCACAGAGUCGUGGUCGACGGGAAUGUCAUAACGAGCAGAGCUCCAGGGACUGCAAUGGAGUUUUCACUUGCGAUUGUCGAGAAGUUUUACGGGCGAGAGAAAGCUCUUCAGCUCGCAAAGGCUACACUUGUGUGA